ACACAAUUACGUAAUUAGUGUAUGCAUAGAGUAAGGGGUAUUAUUUCAAUUAAAUGGACUGCUACAAUUUCAGUAGUUAUUGUAUUGUUGUUAUUUAAAGUUGAGCAAUGUCAAUUCUUAACUUAUUAUUACUUUCUCUGUUAACUUUUACACACACAUUUGCUUCUAGUGACAAGGACGAGGAUAGCGAUGAGCAUAGAUAUGUGAAUGGUGAUCCGUUUUAUGAGUGUAUGUUAAAAACUAACACCUCACCUCAACAAGUAGAAGAAUUUGCAAGGGAUGAGGAAAAGAGCAUCAAUUUAGCUGCAAACAAUCGCAGUAUAAAAUGUUACAUUCUGUGUAUAUUAGAACAAUAUGGAUUGCUUAAUGGAUGUUCAUUUUUACAGGGUAUAUUACCCAUGUCAGUUAAUGGGCUUAUAAGAGUUAAUAUUAAUAGCAACUGUUUCAAUGUAAUUAAGAACCUUAACAUAGACGAUAAGUGUGAAUGUGCAUUUGAGGCUUUAAAAUGUAUGAAAAAUGUAGUUGAUGGUUUUGAGAACAAUUCAUAAAUAUAACCUCGAUUUAAUUGGAAGUAUAAAAAAAAAAAAACAAAAUAAAGUUUUUAUAAUUAUUAAA